UAUUUAUUUUCAUCCCAGUAAAAUAAAACCUUUGGUCCCGCAGAGACUCUCAACAGGAGAAAACAAAUACAAUUAUUUGGAAUCUCCUCACGAACCCAUGAAAUCAAUGACGCAUAAUACAACCGUUUUGCCUCGUUGAAAACCUGUGGAACGGACGUACCUCACCCAAAUAUACACUAAGUUGUAUUGUGUUUAUUUUUAUACGACUAUCAUGAAUUGAGUGGCCGUUGUCAGUCUGUGGAAAACCGUCGAUCUCGAUUCAACCGAGAACCAGUAUUUGUCCUGUGAUUUCUGUUUGAAUAGCAGUGUCUUGAAACUGAUAUGUCAACUGAGGACACAACGGAAUUGGAUCAGAAGGAGAAUGACGUGAGAAAUGAAACUAGUUAUCAAGUGGAGGAGGAAUCACCUACAACUACGUCGGAGAGGAGUAGUGCAGUUUCAUGGAAUACCCCAGUGUCAACAACAAAGUCAGAGAGUAGUCCAUCAUCUGUGUCAUGGGAUACGCCAAGAUCUAAUGCCGGUGAAAAUACACUUGUACAUUCACCUUUGAUGAGUACCAUUAUAAGUCCUCAUGAUGAUCCUCCGCCGUAUUCCUCUAUUGAACGGCAGAGCUUGUGGUCACCUUUGACGCAUAUUCGGGAUCUGUUUUGUGAUGACUCUCAUUUGUCGUCCAAUCGGAGUCCGGAAUUGGCAAGUUUGAUAGAGAAUUCUACUUAUGCUACGAGCACCCCAGCCGCAAACAUAUCCAAAAGUUUUCGUGCCGAACAUCCUGGAAAUGUGAAGGAAGAAAAUACAUUUGCCCGCAAAUAUGGGACAAUUUGCAUAGUCGCCUUCUUUAUCGCCUUCCUAAUGGUUCUAUCCUUGUUUGCAAAAUUUUGCGUCAACAGUACCUUUAGACUUUGAAUCAUUCCCCUAAAUUAUAAAAAGUGAUACAAAUUUAUCACAGAAUUCCAAUCCCACAUUUUUUGCACAAAAUGAAAUAUAAAAAAAGAUAUGUCUGUUACGUUUGUUCAUUGAUUGGCAUGAGAUUUACUUUACAUGAGAGGUACGAGAGGAGUUGAAUUGCGAUGAGGUGAAGAAGAUCUCGGAAGCAAUCCAACCUGGUGGGAUGAGAUAACCGGAAAUGAGCUCGACAUCAAAGGCAUCAGCUGAAUAAUUCAUAAUUUUUCUUCAUUACUUGACUACCCUCAGUGUAAAAAAAAAGACAGAUGUGAAUGCAUAUGAAGGAAGGAAGAUAAUAAAAUCAAGCGCACUGCUCUA